UUUACAUGGAGAUAGGUGACUGUGUAGAGUGUGGUGCUGGAUGUGAGUUGGGGACUUGUAACGCUAAUACCGGCGGAUGUAGCUGUAGACCUGGGUGGAAAGGACGUCGAUGUGCCACACGUUGUACUGAGGGAACAUACGGACGACGCUGUACAGGGCUGUGUAGCACGGGAUGUAAACAAGGAUCCUGCCACCACAUCACCGGUGACUGCAACAGUGAGUGUAAAGACGGAUGGAGAGGUCCUCGUUGUGAAGAGCAGUGUCCUGACGGCUCGUAUGGUGACAAUUGUGUUUCGACAUGUUCACCUGGAUGUCGUGUAUUCCCAUGUGAUAAGAAAACUGGAAAGUGUAAAUAUGACGGAGGUUACUACUGUAUACGUGGAUGGACAUCUGGGUCUUCUUACUUGAACAGAUGUGACAGAUGCAGUGUCGGCUAUUACCAAAACGUACAAGACUGUACACAGUGUGGAGCUGGAUGUAAUGGAGGGUGUGAUGGCACGAACGGUCACUGCACAUGUAAAACUGGCUGGACGGGAACUAGAUGCAACAUCUGUUCCCCGGGGUCAUACGGAGAGAACUGUGUGCUGAAUUGCUCAAGAGGAUGUGUCAACCAGACUUGUGACAGGACCACUGGACGUUGUGACAUGUGUCUGGAUGGAUGGGAACACAAGGACCAGAACACAUCAAGAUGCGACAAAGAAUGUGAUGAUGGAAGGUACGGUGAACAGUGUAACGAUGAAUGCAACAUCCACUGUGUCAAUGCUACGUGUCAUCAUGUCAAUGGUUCCUGUACUCAUGGCUGUCUUGACGGAAGAAGUGGCAAAUAUUGUGAAGUUUCUGAAGCCGAACACCAGAAUGUAAAACUCAUCGCUGGACUUCUUCUCUUCCUAAUUGCUGUUAUAGCAGUUGUAAUGUGUGCUGUUGUCUACUUUCGAGAGCCGUUGAGAAGAUUAAGAGGAAAAAAGACUGGGGAAGACAUGACCAACGGUUUGAGCUUCCCUAUGGCAGCCCGGGAAGGCCAGGGUGCAUCGGAAAACGGAGCCGUCUACGACGAUGACGAGGCUAUCUAUAUCAAUGUUCCCAGUAGUGUUCCAGUGGCAGUCAGUGGCCUCAAGGACUUCGUUGCAAAGAAGAAAGCCACAAAAGAAAUCUUGGUGAAAGAGUAUGCUGAGCUUCCCAAAGGUCUGACAGCUAUUCACGACAAAGCACUGACGCAAGUGAACAGUCCAAAGAAUCGAUUUAAAGGCAUUUACCCGUACAACCACUCUCUGGUCGUGCUGAAAGGCCCGAGUGGAAGCAGUGGCUACAUAAACGCCAGCUUCAUUGAUGGACCAACAAGGGGAAAAAAGUACAUUGCAACACAGGGGCCCCUGCCUCACACCGUCGUGGACUUCUGGGAGAUGAUCUGGCAACAAAACGUGCCUGUCAUCGUCAUGCUGGCCAAUAUCAUUGAAGAUGGAAGGAGACGGUGUGAGCCGUACUGGCCCAAUGAACCAGGCGAGGAUUCCAAGACGUUCGGCCCCUGGAAGAUCACAGUAGCUGACUCCUGUCCCCUUGCUGACUUCACCAUCAGAACGCUCAAGAUGAGGAAGGGAGCGACGGAGAAGACCGUGAAACAUGUUCACUACAUGGUGUGGCCUGACAAGGAUGUGCCAGACAACACCAUGUCUCUGGUGGACCUCAGGAACAAAGUCAGGACCUUCUGUGACUUUGCGGAAGGUCCCAUGGUGGUACACUGCAGUGCUGGCGUAGGCAGGACAGGAACUUUGAUUGCUCUGGACUCUCUGAUAGAAGACGCAGAGACCCGCAGCAAGGUGGACAUCUACGGCUGUGUCUGGCGGCUGAGGAACUUCAGAGUCAGCAUGGUGCAGACACAGUCCCAGUAUGUGUUCCUGCACGACUGCAUCCUGGACGCUCUGUGUCAUACAGUGCACCCCACACCCGCCAGUUUCUAUGACAACGCGUAUAAACAGCUGAAGAGAGACUCUGGCAUUGCUGUUGCCUAUCAGAAACUCAGCGAGUGUCCUGAGACAGAUCAUCUAAGUGACGCUGCCAGAGACCUGGAGAACAUCAACAGAAACAGGAGCGAGGACAUUCUUCCUGGAGACAAGCAUCGCGCUAUUCUCUCAACCCAUAUUGCAGGAGGCACUGACUACAUCAACGCCGUCAUCGCACCGUCGUAUGAGAAGCGGGAGGCUUUUAUCCUCACUCAAAUCCCCCUGACGUCGACGGUGGUUGACUUCUGGCGACUGGUCCACGACUACGACAUCCGUGGCAUUGUCCUGCUGGAGAACUACACCGACUUGGACGCAAAGUGUGGCGUGUUCUGGGCCAAGGACAACAAGCCGGCCAAGUUUGGCCCCUUCAGCGUAGGUGAAGGCAAGACUGAGAAACAGACCGGCUUUACCAUGGAGAAGAUCUCCUACAGUCUGGGGACCGAAGAAAAAGACGUAACUGUGUUCCGGUCUUCCGCCUGGCCUCAGAAGAGUUCACUUCCGGAAUCCCCAUCUAGCCUCCUGAGCUUAAUCGACUUUCUCAGACAGUGGAACACCGGGACAUCACCCCUCCUAGUUGUCUGCAGCGACGGUGCCACCCGAAGCGGUCUGUUCUGUGUAGUGGCCAGUGCAGUGCAGCGACUGCUGUUAGAGAAAGAAGUUGCCCUCCAGCAGACGAUACGCAGCAUACGUUUUGUCAGAAAACAGGUUAUUCCUAACCGGGAACAAUUUGAAUUCUGCUUUGACUCUGUGAAGGUCUACAUGGACAGUUCCCAGGAAUAUUCAAACUUUGCUUGAGAAGAAUAUUUUAUUGAGUUCAGUUAACUUUAUCUUUGUGUUUUUCUUUUUUACGUUGUUAUAAUUCCACUAUGUUAUUCUUGUUUUUUUUCAUUUAUUGAAAAUAUGAAUACAAUUUUUGUGUUAUUUCAAAUGAUUUCAAGUCCACUCUGUGAGAAUUGUUUACGUGAAAUAAUCUGAAUACUAUCUCAGAAGCUUUAAAGAUACAUACAUGUAACUGACAUAUUUAUUUUCAGAUUGGUCUCGUCAAUGUGAAUACUUUUGUGAGAGUACGUUUGGUUUGUUCUUAAAUAUUAUUGUCCAAGACUAUUGGUUUUGUUACCACACAGUGCGACGUAGAUUAAGCUUAGAUAAAAUCAAGAUAUGUUUACAAAAGGGUAUGACGAUAUAUAUUUUCCUGAAUGCCUCGUAUUGUCAGGCUGAUAUCAACUUGUCAGUAUUUUCAGUUACUUUGAUUAUUUGUUUUUGAUUCAUUUUAUAUAAAUUACUGUUUCAUUUUUGUUUAAUAGCUUUCCUCCUUGGAUUAUAAUUUACGUGCAAACGCGGGAUAUCCUCGUAACAGUUAUUUCUAUUGUUAAAAAGUGACUCAUCAAAUAAUAAAAAAAACUCAAAUGUCUGAUUGGUUUAGAAGGUUUGCGUUUCCUUAAUGCUGCUUUCAGGUAGAUUUCCCGUUUAUUGUUCCUGGUUUAGGGACAGUCUUUCCAUGUUUUUGUUCCUGCUUAAAUGUAUAUGUAAAUUUAGAUUUUUCACUUGCAUGUCGGCUGUUGUUUAGAGUCCACUUUAGGCGUAUAUAUCGAUGAGCAAAGUCAUCUGGAAAGUGUGAAUUAAAUUAAAGCCCAUUUAUGACUCUAUUUUUAAACGAUCCAUUAUUUUCCAUAAAUGGAUAGUUGGGGGUAUAUAAUGUGCACUUGGAAUUAACUGAACUAUUUCGUAUUUUGACAAUCAAGUGAAUGAUUCCAAUCUUUGUCCGAAGCUCGUGUCGCCAGCGGGUUCGAACCUGCAUCCUAUAAUUUGAGGACGUGUAAUAGUCAACCUCGGCUUCGGCGAUACAUGACAGAACGUUGUUAAAAUAACUAUUACAUAUUUUUAUUUUGUAUAAAAUGUAAAGGCUUAAUGAAUUAUAUGUACAAUGUUGUGUAUGUAAUGUUACCUAUAACAAUGUUCAUACUGAAGUUUAGACAAUCCUCUGAUAAAAAAAAAAAAAACUUCUAAAAACCAGAAGCUUAUGUGUGCUCUACAUUUCCUAUUGCCCUUAUCAACAUGUACUAAAAACGUACAACCGAUGGAUAAAAAACUUGCUUAGGUCCCCGUGAAAUGGCUAAGCGCCUUGUACCAUGUAUUGCAAAAGUUCAACACUCGGUGGAGCCUGGCGCAAGUAGGGAUGUAAUGAAAGUCUGAGAAAGUAGGGAUGUGUUUUAAGCCCCAGAACAAACAAGUAACAGUUAACAGUUACUUGAACAAAUACAAUUGAAACAGAAAAUUAAACUUAAGAGGUAUGAUCAGUAGGGUUUUGCAGUGAUUCCGUUUUAACUGUGUUGUUCAACUUGUUUUUCAUUUAUUGUAUUUGUUUAUGUUGUAAUAUAAUCAAAAUACUUCAUUUUAAUAUUCUCCUGAUUAAAUAUCCUAUUAAUACUUUAAUGCCGCUGUCGGUCUGGAAAACCCGACUCACACAAUCUCAUACAGUCGCCUCAGAAAUACCAUGUUUGAUUCUAAUUCAACAGAAUUAUAUGUGCGGAACACAAAGUUAUGAAAAUACACAAAAUAAAUGAAAGAUCAACAUUAGAAAUUGUUUAGCAUUGUUCAUUAACAUGUUUUUAUGUAUGCGAACUAGACACUCACCAGCGUGAACAAGCUUGUAGCAUGGACGUUGACAUUAAACAGUCAAUAGGACAGAACGUUCGUGAAUGUCCCGACCUGUUCAGGUGAUUAGAGGGAAAGGUUAACGACACAAGCGAGGUCUAGAUGUCAGCACAACACCUGACAUGUAUUUUCAGUUAUAUUGCAUGUGUUGUUUCAGAAUAUUCUAUAUUUUUUAUUAUUUUUGUUAUUUUUAUUCUUAUUAUUUGAAAACUUAUAUUUUUUCUAUUUCUAAUAAAUAAAAGCAUCCUAAUUAUGA